AUGCCCACUGCUACAUCAACACCCGCAGCGAGCGGCUCCACGAGCGAGCAGCCCGUCGUACUCUCAACAAUCUCUCAGCAAGUCAAUGUGCAUCCUCUCGUUCUGCUAUCAGUCACGGAUCACGCUUCGCGCGCAGCUACAGGAGGUCGGAAGAGAGUGGUGGGAGUGCUUUUGGGUCAGGACGAUGGCAAAGUCGUCAAUGUGGCCAAUAGCUUCGCAGUGCCUUUUGAAGAGGACGAGGGUGCUGGAAGCGAAGGAAAGAGCACUUGGUUCUUAGAUCACGACUACAUUACCAGCAUGAUGGAGAUGUGCAAAAAGGUCAAUGGUGAGUGCAACACGAAGGUCAUUGUGGGAAGCGCACACGAUGUGGGAGACAGUGCUGGAUGACGUGGGUCGCGCAGCUACAUCGCGUCGUACCUAUUCAUUUGCUGCGCGUAUAGCAGUCUAGAACCUAUGAGAUCAGGCAACGACUGUCUUCUCAUACAAUCGGUGCUCGGAGGUACCUUGUCUCCAGCUCGAUAUCGGCCAUGAGUUUAGUGUCGCGCGUGACUUACCCCGCAAAAUUUCGAUACUCCUUAUCCAGCGCGAGAAAAGAUCAUCGGUUGGUAUCAUACCGGCCCUCGGCUUCGAGCAUCCGACCUAGACAUCAACGACCUGAUGAAGAGAUUCAUGCCAAAGCCCGUCAUGGUGAUCGUCGAUCCGCGUUCUAGAGAUACCGGAAUCCCAACGGACGCAUACAUUGCCAUAGAGGAGAUCAAGGAGGAUGGAACAGCGGCGCAGAAGACCUUUGUGCACGUACCUUCGAGCAUUGUGGCUGAGGAGAGCGAAGAGAUUGGUGUGGAACACUUGCUGAGAGAUAUCAGGGACACCACUACAGUCGGAACGCUCAGCACCAGGGUUGGAGCUCAGUUGUCUAGCUUGAGAGGUUUGCUCGCGAGAUUGCUGGAAAUCCAAAACUAUCUAGAGCUCGUGUCAUUGGGCAAGAUGCCCGUUAAUCACGAGUGAGUACAACCACGACCCUUAGCGUUGUCAAAGUUCCAGCACGUGCAGAAAGGCCGACACUGACCGCGCGGUGGUCUCCUCAUAGGAUCCUCUUCAAUGUGCAAGACAUAUUCAACCUUCUGGACAGGACCACAGAGGCUCAACAUUUCAGCACGGCAACAAAUGAUCAAAUGCUGGUCAUUUACUUGAGCAGUCUGAUUCGAGCUGUCAUUGCGCUGCAUGCGCUCGUCGAGAAUAGAGCACAGGUGCGUCGCAAGUCUGCUUCUUGCUCUGAUCAGCAUGAGAUGGUCCCCAACCAAGCGGUUGCUCACUUUGUCUUUCCUCUCUCGCGCCAGAAUGCAAAAGGCGAAGAAGAGGACGGCACAGCGGCAGGCGAAGCGAACGGUACCUCGGGCGGCAAGAAGGAGAUCGGAGAUGGCAAAACAUCUCAGAAAGAGGGGGAAAAGAAGAAGUAG